AUGUACCACGCUGGAGGCAAUUGUCGAGGAGCUGCAGACUACGCUUCAAGGCAAUACGGAGGCGGUGGAGGCGCUAGCAGUGCAGAUGACGAAUGUGGAAGGACUUCUGCAAACAAUGAUGGCCAAGCUGGACGUGAUCAUGCCGCAACGAGAAGCAAGGGCAUGAUGCCCAAGCUCGGUGGAGAGGAGAGCGCCGAUGAGAAGGAUGGUGAGAAGAGCGCAACCGGACCCAUGGGCAACUGCAGCGCGCUACGACGGGUCUACGAAUCAUGGAAGCUGCGGCGGAAAGCCCUCUGCCGACUGGGGAGUUCGUAG